GAAACAUCAGGUAAAUUGAUUGAAAUCUGUGAAUGAUAUUAUAAGUUUGGAUCGACUUAUCACAUGUCCAACACGACCCAUCUGGGGAAUCUUGAAGAAAUCUGGAAGAAAUCCUGCGUUUUAGCUGUUGAUCCCUUUGGCUUUUCGUUACCAGACCCACGUUGUCAGAAGCAGAGCACAGAAACCACUCCAGCCAAAUUCAAAAACUCCACCGCACGCAAUCUAAUCGAAGAACCUUCGUGAAGGUUUUCUCAUCUGGGUCAUCGCUCAAUCGCGGUUUAGGGCUAUGAGGAAGAGGGAGAGAGAGAACCCUUGUGGGGUUUGUGGCCAUUAUCAUAAAUACGAAGAAGGGGAAGUUUGUGGGAUUUGUGGCCAUCGGGUUCCCGCUACAUCGGAGAAAACUUCGUUGCAAUUUGCCGCGUUUCCUUCAGAGAUUUUGCCGGAGUUUCUUUAUCUGGGAAGCUACGAUAACGCUUCCCGCUCUGAACUUUUGAAGACUCAAGGAAUCUCCCGCGUUCUUAAUACUGUGCCUGAUUGUCAAAAUCUCUACAAGAACUCCUUCACUUAUCACUGCCUCCAAUAUGAUAAGACUUUACCUUUUGAUGAUGCUGUUGAAUUCCUAGAGCAAUGUGAAAGAGACAAGGCUCGUGUUCUGGUGCACUGCAUGUCAGGAAAAAACAGGUCUCCAGCUAUUGUAAUAGCAUUCUUGAUGAAAUGCAAAGGUUGGAGACUUGCUCAGAGUUAUCGGUGGGUUAAAGAGCGGAGGCCAUCCGUCGACUUAACUGAAUCUAUCUAUCAGCAGCUGCAAGAGUAUGAGCAGAAGGUUUUUGGAUCAUCCCAAAACACCCUUCCAACCCAUCCAGUCUUCUCUCCUGUUGGUCUGCCUUCUUUUGGCUUCAACUUCCCAAAGACCAGCGACCCAGUUCCUACAACACUAUUCAACACCAUGGCUGCAACUUCGAUCUUUACCCACCCAACCGUAGAUGUACCAUCCCACGAGUUUACGUUUGGCGCUGGGCAGACUCAAAACAGUUUCACCGCUAAUCCACGGAUCAACCAGCAGCCACAUCCAAAUGGGUAAUGCUUAAAACUCUCAAAUCAACCAUCUUAGUAGUUUUGCAAGAUCCAUCCUUUUAGGUUUUUCUUUUAAAAAAAGAAAAAAAAAAACUGCAAAGCAAGUUUGUGUUGUCAGUUGAGCUGAGCCUUGCUGAAUUUGAGGGGUGAAGAAAAGAAUAGUGGGAAACUUUGGGUUUGUAUAAUGGGUUUGUACGUGCAAGAUCAGUGAGAUAUUGUUGACUCAUUACUAAUCAUAUACGAUGUCAUAAAUAUAUCAGCAGCUUCAUCUAUUC